AUGGCUGGAAUAAUCUCUGCUGCUAACAUUGGUGGCAUCGUUGACCUCAGGUCUGGUGACGAGGCCGACGCCAUCGGUACCAACAAUGAGCAUCAUGCGUCGGUUUCCCACCUGGUUGGUCCCCCUGACCUCCACGGUCACAGAACUAUCUACCUCGAUACCAGCAUUCAAUUUGAAGACUACCAUUACUGGGCUAAUCGAUCCCGAGAAGUCGAGAAGCACAUCAAAGUCGGCAAUCUCGGCUUUGCUGGCAUCUUCAACCUCCUCAUUGGCAGGAAAGCAGAGACUCAAAUCGUUCAAACACCUGCCCAAGGCAACAACCCUCCUGAUGCUGCAUCUAGCAACGACGAGAAACACCCAGUGGAUGAAAAGGGCAUCAGUAGCCCCCAAACCGACAGAUGGGGUAUCGCCGAGACGGAAUGGGAGCAAGCUCAACGAGCGACCCGUACCGCCACAUGGGGCUCGAUAUUCUACCUCAUCACCACAGAUAUCCUAGGGCCUACCAACGUCCCAUGGGCUAUCAGCCAGAUGGGCUAUGGCCCCGGUGCCGCUUUAUACACGUCCUUUGGACUCAUGGCUGCCUACUCUGGUAUGCAACUUUGGAAGAUCUUUAUUGGCCUCGACUCGACCCGUUAUCCCAUGCGAAACUAUGGCGACGUCGCUUUCCGCAUCUUCGGCAGCUGGGCCCGUAUUGGUGUCAAUGUCUUACAAAGUUUUCAAUUCUUCCUCAACAUCUGCUUGUUAAUUGAGAGCAACGGUCAAGGUUUGGCCCAGAUGGCAGCGGGCAAAGACGGCAACGGCUUCCUUUGCUUCGUCGUCGCCGAGCUUGUCUUCAUGCUUUUGGGUUUCGUCUUUGGUCAAAUUCGAACCCUUCAACGGCUAUCAUUCCUCGCCAACAUUGCCAUCUGGCUGAACGUCAUUGUCAUCAUUACGACAAUGGCUGUCGUUUACGAGUAUCCUCCUAACUACGAUGCAGCUCUCAAUACGUACGGCACGCCACGAGGACCAAUCCGAACCAGCAGCUACUGGCCAGAGGGGACAGAUCUCAAGGAUCGUAUCAACGGUCUCAUGAAUUGCGUUUUUGCAUACGGUGGAGCGACUCUGUUCAACGAAUUGAUGGCCGAAAUGCGGCGACCGUAUGACUUCUGGAAGGGAUUUAUUCUCGCUGAGAUUUUUAUCUUCUGCUGCUAUAUUAUCAGCGGCAUGGUCGUUUACAGCGCGCAAGGACAAUUUACUUACAACCCUGCCUACCAAGGCUACGCCUAUAGCUACCAGACUCUAGGUAAUGCCAUUUCUUUCAUAACCGGCUUGAUUGCCGCAUUGCUGUACGGCAACAUUGGUGUUAAGGUCUUCUACUCGGCUGUGCUGCGUGAUGUGUUCAAGUUCCCACCGCUUGAUCAUAAGACCGGCAAAUGGAUCUGGGUUGUUAUCGGUAAGUUCUUCUUCGACAUGCUGUUGGUUUGGCACAUCGUCAGGCAUGGUGUUGACGAGAAGACUUCCACAGUUCCCAUCUACUGGGGUCUUGCAUUCAUCAUCGCUGCCGCUAUUCCACAAAUCAGCAACUUGACUUCGUUCGUCGGCGCCCUGUGCAUCUUGCAAUUUUCCUACACCUUCCCACCUCUUCUCAUUGUCGGCUUCAAUGUUCAAAAGGAUGCCAUGCUCCCAGAGGAAGAGUUCAAUCCGAUAACUGGCCAAGUCAAGCGUGUAGACAGCGGCAUCAAACGAUGGAUCAGAGGCUACAAGAAGAAACUCGCCAUCAAUACCUUCGAUCUUCUCUACAGUCUUGCGGCGCUUGGGACGGCUGGCUUGGGUCUUUAUGCUUCGAUUACUGGCAUGCAUGACGCUUUCGAGAGCACUUCAAUUACUCCGUUCUCUUGCAAAAAUCCAGCCGGCUAA